AUGGCUGGACGCCUUUCAAUUCCAGUCGGGAUUAAGAAACUGACGAAUGUCGCGGUGGUGAGAUACAAAACGCACGGCAUUCGGUUUGAAAUCGCGUGCUAUAAGAACACGGUCGUUUCUUUUCGAGCUGGCGCGGAGAAGGAUGUAGAUAACGUGUUACAAACGACCGCUAUUUACUUGAACGUUUCCAAAGGCAUCGUCGCCAAAGAGGCGGAUUUGAAGAAGGCGUUCGGUACGACGGACGAGGAGAAGAUAUGUCGAGUGAUUUUAGAAAAAGGCGAGUUACAGGUUGGAGAGAAAGAAAGAGAAGUUGGGCAAGAGUCGGUGACGAGAGAUUGCGUGAACAUAUUGGUCGAGAAGACUAUAAAUCCAGAGACGAAUAGGCCGUACCCGCACGGCAUGAUUGAAAGCGCGCUGAAGGAGUGUCACUUUUCGGUAGAUCCGACCAAGUCGGCAAAGCAGCAAGCGCUGGCGAUGAUACCGAAAUUAGCUAAGCUGUUCCCGAUUAAACGAGCGCCGAUGCGAUUUAAGUUUACCGUGGCAGCAGAGAGCGAGGAAGAGGCGAAAAUAAGGGAGGAGGAGAUGUUGAAUUUUCUUAAAGAACACGAAGCGAACGUAGAGACGAAUAGUUUGAGCGAGGAGAAAAGUGAUGAUAGUAAUAAUAGCAAGUUCACGCGAACCAUCGUGUGUACGAUAGAAUCUUCAAUGUAUAGACCGUGCGACGCGUACGCAAAAGCGAGUAAAGGGAGUGUGCGCUUAGACGUGUUAUCGCUCUCGGUGACCGCAGAGGCGGAGAGUCGUUCGGCGUUUGACGAAAGUUCGUUACAAAACCAAAGUGGGGAACAUAGAAAGCAAAAAGAUAUGGAAGACUCCUUGGAAGGAGGAAUAGCGAGACUCCAGCUCGGGCAACGCUCAGAUCCUUCUAGGAUAAACACAUCGCAAAGUAAUAAAAGGAAUGCGAAAGGUGCCGGAGCGGGCGGUAAAGCAGAGAUGGUCGUGGACGAGAAGUUCAUACUCGUUCCGAGAGGGUUCAUUAGAGAUUUACCCGAGGAACACAAAUCGCGAAGGGAACGGUUCCAAGAGCUCGAUACGAUAGAAGAAGGUUGGCACGUUGAAUUGAGAAAGAAAGAAAAUUCAUCUAUCGUCGAAGCGGUGUUUUUUUCUCCAGACAACGAAGCUUUCAAAUCGUACGCGGAGGCACGUCGCAAGGCGCUUGGAAUAUUUUAA